UUUGUGUUUUACAUUUUAAGAACCAGUAAGAUAAUGCCAGAUGAUACUCAACAACCGGUAAUCUUUAUAAGAUAAUUUUACUGUAUGUACACGUGUGGAUCAGCUGGUUUUCUGCUCUGGAGUAAUAUGCGUUCCUUACAGGAUCAUCAAAGAGAAUAAAAAAAUAGUCCAAUAUGUCAUGGCUACAGCGUGCUUUGAGAUUGGGAGUCCGGAUGUCAGUCUGCAAAAGCCAACAAAACUUCACAAAUCACAUCCAAAAUGUUCAGCAGAUUCUAAAUAAUAAGUUUUACGCAACUUCUGAAAUACAGAGAAGAGUAUUCAGUGACACUAAUCCUAAAUCUGAAGAAGAUACGACGAAUAAUGAACCGGCUUCUAAGAAAGCAAUAGGGAAACUUGAAGUAAAACUUCACCUGUCUUUUGUGUGUAAGCGAUGUAAAUCAAGAAACAAUAAGAUCAUCUCAAGAUUAGCUUAUACAAAUGGUAUAGUGAUUGUACGUUGUGAUGGCUGCAAGAACAAUCAUCUAAUUGCAGACAAUUUAGGAUGGUUUGGUCACACAGAAGGCAAAAUGAAUAUUGAAAAUAUUUUGGCAAAAAAAGGAGAAAAAGUUCGCAAGGUACAAAAUGAUUAUGAAGGAUAUUUUGAGAUAGUUACCGAGGAAUUACUUAGCAAGAUCAAAGAACAACAAAGGCAGGAAAUGGAAAGAGAAAUAAUAGAUAAAGCUGAUGAUUUACCAAAGUUGGAAGAUGAACAAAUAAAUGUAAAAAAAGAUAGCAUACCUCAAAGUAAUGAUGAUAAUAAAAAAAUAAUUGUGUAAAAGUAUAUUGGAGUGACACUACAUUUUGAAAUAUAUAAAUUUGCUGUAGGAUAGUAAAAAAUUUAUUCAUUCUGUUGUACAUAUUAAAAGAAUCUAAAGUGAUGUAAUAUUUUAUUCGACUGGAGGUUGAACAAGAUUUGCCUGAUUCAAACAAACAUUACAGAUCUCAAGCUGUAUUAAAAAGUUUGUAAGCAAAAACACUUUCAGAAGACUAUUGAAAUCAUUAUAAUAAAAUCAUUCAAAAUUGUUAUUCAUUCGUUGCAAAACUUGUUCAUUGGCACAAUAUAAUAGAGCAGAUUUAUUUCCUUGAUAA